UAUCUUCAAUUUACCAAAUCAACCCAAAUGAAAGAAUUGGUCUUGAGAAGAACUGGUCUGUGUGACUUGUGGGCCUAUUUAAUUAAAGCCUCGCUCUUAUGUUAAAUCAUAUCCAAAUUGGCUUCUCUGCUUCACUCUUUUAAUUUGUUUUCUACUUCAUUUUUUUCCCUCACACAGAUCUUUGAUACUAUUACGAGUUACGGUCAUGGAGUUUCCAUCUCCCUAUCGUUCAGGAAGGGAGGAACGAACCGUUCCUCCAAAGAGAGGUAGAGUCAAGACCAUGAUCGUUCGUGAUCUAGUCAGAUCAGCAGCAACCUCGAUCACACCUCCUCCGAGGAGGGGUCGAAUCAAGAUCAUGAUUGCUCGCGAUCUAGUCGGAUCAUCGACACAGAACAACUACGGUGGAGACGGCAACAGAGAAGGCUAGUUAAGCAGCCACUUCAAUUGCAAAGCUGGCCCUUCCCCUGAGAAGAUUGAUCUGAUCUUCAAAAUUCAUAUCCUGUGUAAAAAAUGUAAUAUAAUUGUUGGCUUUUGUUUGCUCUGUUUAUAGAUGUAAUCUUUUGGGGGUAAAUUAAAUGAAAUUUACUAAAGAGUUUGGGGAUGAUACUUUUGUAUCUUUGUAAAAUACAAAUGUAAAAUAUAGUAUUGUAUCUUAUUAUGUUUUCUUAUUUAUAUAUUUUGGAUGUA